GUCGCUGCAGUCGCCAGACUAACCCUCCGCGGCCGCUAGUCCAGGGCCGGCUCCGGAGCCCGCUCCGCCCCGUUGCCCGGCGGCGGCGGCGGCGGCGGCGGCUAGAAUUCGGCGGCCCAGCAGCUCGCGCUCGGCCCGCCUUCCCUUGCGGGUCCCGACUCUCCCUCCUCAUCUCUCUCGGGGUCCUGGAGCCGAGCUCGGCCCGCACCUCCCGGGGCCGGUAGCGCGGCCGAGAAAUCCCUGAUUUGGACAUCCAGAGCACCAUUCCUGUCUUUUCUGGGUCUUGAAUUGGAAGCUACCAGGACUCUGUAAGACCUGAAAGUGAUAUAAAAGGGUGCCUAGGACCUGUUAAGAAUCAAACCUGGUCAAAUGAAUCACCUCUUUUAUUUCCUGCUAYAGAGAGCACUUGGAGAAAGGAAGUCUUCCUAGGACCUCUGCCUACCGCCCAUGAAAUACUCAUUUCUGUUUUAGCUCUGCCUGCAGUUGAGCACAAAGACCUGGAGGAGACUCCCACCGCCUUCAGGGAGAAGAAAGGAGGCAGCGACUCCGAUUCAAAGGAACUUGUGGCUUGUGGCCUUUUUGUUGUGGUGGUGGUGCAGGGGCCUCCUGGAAGGGGAGAGAAAGUGCAUUAAAGCCACAUUGGCGGUUAAUGAGCUGUGAGAUGAGGCGCUGCUGUCGCUGCUGCUGCUGCUGCUGACACUGAUUCCAGGAUCCCUCCUCUGCUGCCCUUUGUGCUUCAUGUACAUGUGUCUAUUCAGGCCGGCCGGAGGCGCCCAGAAGAGAAUCCACCACGGCUGCCGGGGAAAGACCGCCCACCAUGCCCACGGAGACGCUACAGACAGGUAGCAUGGUGAAGCCGGUCAGUCCCGCCGGCACCUUCACGUCGGCGGUGCCCCUGCGCAUCCUGAACAAAGGGCCAGACUACUUCCGCAGGCAGGCCGAACCCAACCCCAAGAGGCUGAGCGCCGUGGAGAGGUUGGAAGCCGACAAGGCCAAGUACGUCAAGAGCCAGGAGGUGAUCAAUGCCAAGCAGGAGCCCGUGAAGCCGGCCGUGCUGGCCAAGCCCCCCGUGUGCCCGGCAGCCAAGCGCGCGCUGGGCAGCCCCACGCUCAAGGUGUUCGGCAACCACGCCAAAACCGAGAGCGGGGUGCAGCGCGAGAACCUCAAGCUGGAGAUCCUGAAGAACAUCAUCAACAGCUCCGAGGGCUCCAGCUCGGGCUCGGGACACAAGCACAGCUCCCGAAACUGGACGCCACACCGGUCCGAUGCCACCACCGACCUGCACCGGCACUCGUUCGCCGAGUCCCUGAAGGUCUACCCCACGCCAGGCCGCGGCAGCCCCCAGGAGAGCGGUUCGCACGUGAGCAGGAGACUGCUGGAACAGUCGGCCGAGUCCUUCCUCCAUGUCUCGCACAGCUCCUCGGACAUCCGCAAGGUGACCAGCGUGAAGCCCCUCAAAGCCAUCCCCUGCAGCAGCUCUGCCCCUCCUCUGCCUCCCAAGCCCAAGGUCGCCGCCAUGAAGUCACCCGAAGCCGAUCCCGUGGAACCAGCUUGUGGCGUCAGCCGAAGACCCUCCCUCCAGCGGUCUAAGUCAGACUUGAGUGACAGGUAUUUCCGAGUGGACGCAGACGUGGAGAGGUUCUUCAACUACUGUGGACUGGACCCCGAAGAGCUGGAAAACCUCGGCAUGGAAAACUUUGCCAGGGCUAAUUCUGACAUCAUCUCCCUCAACUUCCGCAGCGCCAGCAUGAUCAGCUCAGACUGUGAACAGUCUCAGGACAGUAACAGUGACCUUAGAAAUGAUGACAGUGCCAAUGACCGGGUGCCCUAUGGCAUUUCUGCCAUCGAAAGAAACGCUAGGAUCAUCAAGUGGUUAUAUAGCAUCAAACAAGCUAGAGAGUCGCAGAAGGUGUCCCACGUGUAAGAGACACUGUGCGUGGAAAGGAGGGAGGGGCGGGUCUGUCUGUGCAUACGCAGUUGUGAAGGUCGUGAGGUCUCCUUGAAGUGUUGUGAGCUUCUCCACUCUUUGUGUUGCUUGUUGUGCAAUGUUUUCAAGUUGCAUGCCUGUCAACAUGGCGACUGGCCUGGCUUCCUCCUCACCAUCGCUGCAGAGCCUGCCUGGACACCCAUCUGCCAAAAGUUUCAGGCCAGAAUCUACUUAGGGCUUUGCUCUCUAGCAAAACUGUUUACACACACACAUACGCGCACACACACACACACA